CUUAUCCUACGUUCGCGCAACAACGUCUAAUUAGCAGCCACCCGCAGCAACAGCGAGGAAGCUUUUUGCGCCUAGCGCCUUAACUUAAUUGAUUACAAAAUUGCAUACAUAUAAAUGUAUAGACAACAAAAUAAUGACUAAAUAAUGUCGUGUCAUUUGAAUUUUGCAGUUAUUAAAAGUCCCCAUAAUAAUUCUACGUAAACUACAACAAAACGCAGCAGCAGCCACAGCAAAGCCCUUGUUGUAGUUGUUGGGCGUGAGGAUGCAAAUGUGUAAUAUGUUUUUGUUUUUGUUGCGACGUCAAAUUGCAUUUGCGGCCGAUACGCCGCUCGAUCCUUAAGAUUCUCCCAAAUCAAAACAUCGAAUACAAACACGGUCAAGAAGUAGAAAAAAGAACGUUUGUUUUCUCACCGUUUAUAUCGUUUUUUAAGUCAUAACAAGCACAAAUCGAUCAAAUAUUUGUUGUUUCAAAGCGCAUUGCGUUCCGUGCGUUUUUUCUAAUAAUGCAAAUUCAAUGUAUGCCAAUCAUAUUGAAAGUAAUUUUCGUGCUGUCAACAAUUGUCGCAGUCACAGAUUGUUGUUCGAGCCGAAUUUUACUAUUGCGCCAGCACACGCUUGAGAUUGAAGAGCAUGUGGUCCAGCUGGUGAAUCAAAUGGAACUACAGCAGCAACAACAACAACAACAACAACAGCAGACCGAUGGACUACUCAGCGAGCCACAACGGGACCUGCUGCUGUUUACCAACUCUAGACAAAUCAUCCAAAUGCCAACGGAUCUUCAUCACUUGGAGGGCGAAUUGGCAUCAAUUGUGACAACGGAGCGCGAAAGCGCCACUGAGAUUUGGUCAACAGACACUGAUGAGGAAUCAACGCCGACGACGAGCAUGAGCUCAACCACAACAACAUCCACAUCGACAUCAACAUCAACAUCAACAUUAAAAACUACAGCAACAACAGAACUGACAUCAUUGUCAAAAAACACAAUGGCAACGGGGGAACCACCGCCUGAUGUCAACAGUACGCCUCUAUUGGCCAGCGAAGCCGCCAUUGUCAAGCUCAUUAAUGCUGUGCCAACAAUGACAACGACGACAACAAAAACAACAACAAUGAUGAGCAGCACAAAUAGAGGAAGCAAACCAAACAACUCGGAGGACAUCAGCUUCAAGUUUCCGUGCAAGGAUAAUUAUGCAACCGAUUUCUGCCUCAACGGUGGCAAUUGCUAUCGCUGGGCGAAUUCCGAUAGCUUCAAUUAUUGCGUCUGCGCCGAUGGCUUCGUCGGCGAACGCUGCGAUUCAAAGACUGAGGAUGGUGUUUAUGUACCUUUGCAGCCCAGCAUGAUGGAGCCACAGCUAAAAACGGCGCACGUUGUUUUCUCGUUCCCCAUGCUCAUUCUGCUAUCCACCAUCUACGUUGUGUUUGGCGCCGUGUUCAUGUUCCGCAACGUUUUGGCUCAGCGACGUAAGCAACAGCAACUACAUUUGCACAAGCAGCGUUUUUUUGUGAGCUGUUGAGCAUCCAGAGAGAGCUGCAACUCUUUUUUUUUUGCAGCUCAUGCAGUCAAUCACUUUAUUGGUUAUAGAGAGAACCAAUUUAACUAAAAGCGCGUUUUGUUUUUUGAAACGAUUAUUUUUGUUUCACUCAUUUUGUUUACAAAUGCUGAAAGAAUGCAUUUCUCUUGUUUUUUCUUUUCUAAGAUUGUUACUUCCUCCUUAGUAUUUUUUUCAUUUACUUUUCUUCACGUUGCGCAACGCUUUAAUUUAUUUAAUUAAUUAUAAUUUCUGUAAAUUCUUUGUAUUUAGUUGCAAAAUAAGAGCGCUCUUUGCUUUAGAAGCUUCGAUUUAAGCUUAGUAGAUUUGUUUUUGUAGUAACAUUUUGUUACGCUAUUUAGUGUGUAUUUAAUAAUUAAACUUAGCGUUUAUCUCUGUUAUUAUUAAUAUUUUUUGUAACACUUUGUUACGCAAGAAAUCGAACAAAGGAUGUAAAAUUAAUUAAUUCUUGUAUUUAUAAACAAAUUUCACUUUGUAAUGCAUUAAAAAAAUCGGGACUCGAAAGUUUGUAAAACUUGAAAAUUACUUGUGUGCGUUUCAUUUUCUUUCUUUUAGUUGACAUUCUAUUUUGCUUUUUUUUUUUUAUUUGUUUUAUUGUAGGACAGUUUUGUGAACUUCCCAUUGUUUGUGUAUCAAACCAUUGAUUAUUAUUCUCAUUCAUUCCACUAUAUCGAAGCUCAAGUUCAGUUCAGUCGAGCGAUGGCUGGGUUUUAUAUUUUAUAAUAUAUAUUUAUCCAAUAUUUCGUCAAAAAAUUCUUUACAAAUUUCUUAGAACUUACAGUUAAAUGUAUAGUAGAAAUUAUUCAAAAAAUUCUUUCAUCAUUGUUUUGAUGAAUUCUUUCUUUCGUUUAUCAUGAUCAUCAAUAUGACAAUGGUAUGUAUGCGUGAGUGUGUGUUCGUGUGUGUGUAUGUGUAGUUGUGUGGUGUAUAUCGAAUGUAGUGUAAUGUAUAUAAAUGCGUGUUGAUGGAUUAUACGAGUAUACAUAUGUAUGUGUAUGUGUGUGUGUGUGUAAAUGGAAAUGAUCUCUUUGCAAAUGUCAAGAUUGAAAAAUUGCGCCAUCAUCAAAUUGGGUUGGACCAUCAUCAGCAUCACAUGCGGGGAAAAUCGAUUUCCUCGAUUUUCGGUAGGUGAUCGAGGUGGUUAUAGUGUGUGUGGUGUUCGUUGGUGGUGGUGGUGGUGGUGAGACGACGUUGUUGUUGUUGUUGUUAAUCAAUGUGUGUGUGUGUGAUUUGUAUAUUCUGUCAUUUUCUUCUUCUUGAAUAUUUGCUCAUGUAAUCUUGGAUUAGGGAUAUGAAAUUCGUACAAAAAUGAUUAAAAUA